UCUCCCAUAAGGAUCUCAAACAGAACACGCAUAUCCUCACACACACACACGCACAAGUGGACUGCUGCUCUGUACCGCUGCUGCUGCUUCGAGUAUACAGUCGUCGUGUCAGGAGGCACACGCGAGUUUGAAUAAAGAGUGCUUCUUGAUUUUCAUUCGACUGUGCUGCGAGAGCCGAGUGUUAACGCUUGAUUCCCGAUUUUGCCGAGAACCAUGAACAAAUUCGUCGCAUCCACAGUGCUGAUGGCGUUGGUCGGUCUGAGCUUGGCCGAGCCGCCCGUCAAUCAGUACCUGCCGCCGGAUCAGCUGUACGGACCACCGGGUAUCCAGCAGAGGCCCCCAGCCCAACAGGGUGGCGGCAACCGACCGGGACAAUUCGGCGGCAGCGGCGGCGGCUCCAAUUUCGGCGGCGGAUCCAACCAGUACCUUCCGCCCAAUCAGCAAUACGGACCACCAGGCGCCGGUUCCGGUGGAUACGGCGACGGCUCUAACAACGAACCCGCCAAGUACGAGUUUGAGUACACGGUGAACGACCCGCCAUCCGGCAACGACUUUGGCCACAAGGAGUCUCGCGACGGUGACCUCACCCGCGGUGUCUACUUCGUGCUGCUGCCCGACGGUCGUCGUCAGAUGGUCGAGUACGAAGCUGACCAGGACGGCUACAGGCCCAAGAUCACGUACAUGCAGGUCGGCGGUGGAGCCGGUGGUGCCGGUGGUGCUGGUGGAUACCCCAGCGGUGGACCCGGAGGUUACCCCAGCGGUGGUCCCGGUGGAUACCCCAGUGGAGGAGCCGGGGGCUACCCCAGCGGCGGCGGUGGCGGACAGGGCGGCUAUCGGUACUAGAGUGUCUGAGUAUUUUCUUGUAUAAAGUUCGACGGUUCGUUCGUUCGUUCGUUCGUUCUCCGAUGGGAUCUUUUUCUCUCCUGGAUUAUUGUUCGAAAAGCGAGAUGUUUCCAUUAUAGCUUUAGUAUAGAGUAGAAUCCCGCGUAGCCUUGUUUCAUUGAAUAAUCUCGAUUUUUACCCGCAAAAGGCUUCCAUGACAAACGCUGCAGGUAGUUUGAAUCGCAAACAACGAAAAUAAACGAUAUUCCAGCUGCACGCAGAUGCUUAUCGCGCUCGAAAAAGAUCCCAUCGGCCGCUCGGACACGGCCAAUCGGGGAAGGUUUUAACGAAGUCGUUCUGCUGGAGAUAAAAACGAUAAUCGAUUAUAUGCCGAUGUGACUCUGCAUCAAAUCAGCGCGCGUCAAAGUGCGUCGAUUUUUGCUGCAGAGUACACGCCUAUCGCUGUCUUUAUUCGCGAAUGUCACGGCGCACA